GCGUACAAAGUGGGCUUAGUAAGCGUCGCGACCACUUCGAAAGCGAAGCUGUUUCCGGUAUUAGCUGCAAGUUAGUUGUUACAAUUAUGUGGGAAAAAAAUAGUUAUAAACUGAUUAAAUCUCGCUCCAAGCCUGUAAUAUUCAUACAAUCAUUAGUGGCAAACCGAUUUACUCGAAAGUACGGCAUUAUCUGUAUUUUGUUAUUCGUUAUUUUAGCCAUUCUCUCGUAUCGGAGAAUAUUAUUUCAAAAGUACAUCUAUCAGACAUUGCCUCUUUACCAGAGGUCUGUAUCGUUAACAUUCGGUAGCAGCCAUGAGUUCGAAGGAACGAUAACUAUUCAAAACGAUCGCUGGAUGAAUAUUGGAGAUCCAAAGAAGAGGUUUAAACUAUACUCUGCUUACUUUGACCCUCGACUGGAAAUCGUAGAGUCGUAUGAUGUCCCAGAUGGAUUCCUUCCAUUCGGAAGUGUGCGUGUCUUCGCCAUACUUCCGCUGCAAAUAGAAAAGUCGGCCGUAUUUUGCAACUUUAGAUCAGAUAACACAUACGAGGCACAACAUCAGGCCGACCAGGUGGAAGCCGUACAUGAGCAUUGGAAUAUGGAGUUCGCAGCAAGUUACGUUAUAUGUAAACUUGCCGGCAAUAUAAACAAACGAACAAUACUUUUACCAGAUGAGGUAGCUCUUAGCUAUCACGCUGAGCCAAGCAUGCGAGAAGCAACCGCUUUCAUUCGGAUAAAAUAUCCGCGGACUGAUAUGCUGUUCCAAUCGACGCCACCGAACGGAUUGGCAGUAUGCGUUGGACCUAUGCAUCAUAACUUUGGAUAUGCUCUUCGGAUGGUUGAAUUCUUCGAAUAUUAUAUUUUGAAUGGUGCUGAACGAUUUUACGUGUACAACAAAACGGCAACUGACGAAGCCAGCGCUGUUUUGCGGCACUAUGAAGCGGAAGGUUUGGUCGAAGUCUUGGAUUGGGAUUUUGAUGGGUACCAGUUCGAACAUGAACUACGUUAUGAAGGAAUUUUUGUUGCACUUAAUGAAUGUUUCUAUCGUUCCACUGUUACCGGGGGAUACCGAUACACGGCCAUUGUUGAUUUCGACGAGUUACUGUUUCCGGCAGGCGAUAACGAAUCUUUGCUCGAUUAUUUGCAAUCAAGAGAUCGCUACGAUGUACACUCGUUCAAUUUUAAAGGGGUAUUUUUCUACGAUAUCUACCCUACCGACCACGCGCAAGUUCCACCCUGGGCAAACAAUACCUAUCUAUAUACUCAAGUACGCAACGUGCGAACUACAAACCCACUCCUUCAUCAUAAUCGUAGCAAGUAUGUGAUGAAAGGCAGGAAUGUCGUCGAAGCUGGUAACCAUUUCGUGUGGAAAGCAAUCAGAGAUACGCACGAGUAUCCUGUUCCUGAAAACGAAGGACUGUUGCUGCACUAUCGUGAUGGAAAUCUGGGAUACGAUUACGAAAAUCAUAUAAUUGAUAAUCGUGUUCGAAAUCGUUUUGGAGAUAAAUUAUGGCGUCAGGUAAAUCAACGAUGCGCUCUAAUAUUUUCCACUUCGAUCGCUGCUAAAGGUAUCUGUCCUUUAGGAACAAGCUACAAUCAAACUAGAUCACUAAGCUAAUCAUACCGAAUGUUGGAUUCCUUUGGUUUUUAGAAGCUUUAUUAAAAAUACAAAUAGUUAUUAUAAAAUCAUAAAUUAGUAUUUGCUUACCAUGCUAUACUGGAGGAAGAAGAUCUACAUCAUUUGAUGUAGUUAAAUACAUAUUUGAUGGUUCCGGCAUUCCUAGUGAUCCAUAAUCACAUACUUAUCCGCUUAUGAUGAGGUGAACCUGAGAUUAAUGGAUAUUCUCGACUUAUCUAUCUGAUUAGUUCAUGUUGCUCAGUUGGAUCCAUUCCGUUUGCGAUGUUAU